UCCAAUCUCCUGUUCUGCCUCCCUGUCCACCCCCUUGCUUUUAUACCUCUCCUUCUUACAUACACAUUCACAAGACUGCAGCAGUGGAAGACAGAGAGCCUCCGUGAAUCUGUGCGUGAUGUGUGUGUGUGCGUGUGUGUGGCGUGUGCCGAGAGCAUGUGGAUGUGUGAGACACCCUCAGUGAUGUGAGAACCUGAGAGAGAGAGAGAGAGAGAGAGAGAGAGAGAGAGAGAGAGAGAGAGAGAGGGAGAGAUAUCCUGGACUUUUCUGGAAUCUGGACUCUUUUCCCAAGCUUCUUCAAUCAGAUCCUCACUCUGACACUUUCAUUUGCUGUGGAUGUGCAACAGCAUCUGUGUCUUUGCACUCACGCUCGUCACACACUUUCUGCGGUGUGUGUGUUUGUGUGUGUAAGGCACAGUUCCGGCAUCACCUCGAGCCACACCGCGAGUGUCUCUGCUCCUCGAGCCUCCCCAGAGUGAUGAGCUAAGUGAACGGAGAUGUCCCAGCGCAUCGGGAGUCUGCAGCUCUCGCUCUGCUCUCAUGCUCCUCUCAGGGAGUGAUGGUUAGUAAGGAGGCAGGCCCCUGUGUCCUGUCAAAUUCAGAGUCAGACUCAGAGGCUGAAGGUCCAACCCUUGGAAGUGAGAGAAACAAAAGUGGAGACGUGGUUCACAAAAGGAACAAAGCCCUGCAGGUCCGCUUCAAGGACAUCUGCGAGGCUCAGAAUGAGGCAGCACGUCUAGCUCGGGGCACCAGGGCGCGCUCUGUUUCAUGCAAGGUCGUACACAAAAGGUACAUGACCAUGCCAGCACGCCGCUCCAUACCCAAUGUGACUAAGAGCACAGCAGUGCAAACCUCACCCGAAUUAAAGAAGCAUUAUCAGACUUUCCCCUUCGAGCGCAAAAAGGGGCACACUAUCAAACACACAGCACUGGUGGAGAACUAUGAGAACCAAAACAAUGGGUUCUUAAGUGAAGUGCAAGCUACUGAGGAGGAAAGGCCACGUGGAGCAAAUGUACAGAAGACUAGAGUACUUUUGCACAGUAUGCCACCAUGUGCUGAUGUGCAGGAUUUGUGCCCAGAUAGCAGCAUUGAUUCUUCAGGUCAAGGCCGGGAAGUAGAUGCAAACCUGCACAAACCAGAAUCAAAGGAAGAAGAGUGUACCCAAGGAAGUAGCUCCAAGCACAAAAGAUUAACCAAUCAGGGUGAAGUGGGAGCAGAACAAGAGCCCAACUGCACCACAAGUUCCUCCGCAUCUUCAUCAACCCAACCUCUGCAGGACAGAGGUGCCAUUUCAAAGGUCACAGGCCCCAUUGCAUGGACAUCUUUGACACAAGUGGAAUGUCUGGACAGUCCAUCAGUGCAGUGCAAGCGUAAGAAAGAACCUGGGCCAUUGAAUGGUCUGCAGUCUCAGACCCUACCACGUGCAGCCAGCUGCCCCGCCCAGGAUACCAGUCAGGCUCACUUCCAUGGUAGCUAUGGCUUUGGUAGUAUGGAUACCAGAGGAGUCACCAGGAGUCAUGUGUGUGGGCAGAUGAUUCCACUGCCUGGGGCAGAUGGAGACGUGAAAGCCAGACUGCAGGCCAUGGAGACUCUCAUCAGCUCAAGCCAGGAGACCAUUAAAGUACUGCUGGGGGUCAUUCAGGAACUAGAGAAAGGAGAGGCACAGCGAGAGGGCCGACUAUCAUACCGAACAGGGCAGGAUACAGCCAACUGUGACACGUGCCGAAAUAGUGCCUGCAUCAUCUACAGUGUGGAGCUGGACUUUAAGUUGCAAGAGGAUAAGCUCCAGCCUCUGAUGAAAAGACUGUGUCCAGCAGUAGACCCGGCCUACCCUUCUCUGCCUUAUACGCAUGAAGUGUACACUUCCACCCCCAAGCGCAAAUCCAAGGCUGAAGCCAAGAAGCAUGCACGCUGGAGACUCUGGUUUCUCUGAAUCGAUGCUUUCACCUUUCUCUUAUUUCCAGCAUUCAUGCACCAUGAUGCCACAAGAACAACUAGAGCAUCCUGUCAAAUUCUGCACUGACAAACAAAAAGUGAAAUACCACAAUCUAGUGUUUUGAGGUUGCAGCACUUGGGUUGCUCUUUGACAUUGGAUUUUAAUGAGGAUUUGCAUUUGUUUUUAUCCUGUCAUCUUUAAUAACAACCUGGAAUCUGGAAUCAUGUUUACCAAAAGUUUUUUUUUUUAUGUGUGUUUAAAGAUUACAGUAAAGAUAGCCAGCAAUUUGGAUAGUAGAGAUUAGGGCUACUAAUUAAAUCCAAAAAAAUCUCUCAUUUUAUUGUCCUAACUCUGUCUACUUCUGCAGGGGCUCUAUAGAGUGGAACAAAUAACCUUCACAAGUAGUUCAAUUCUACUUUGGACGGUCAUCUAAGACAUCUAGUCAG